CUGCUACACCUCCAGCACUGAGAGAGAGUGGGAGAGCUCAGCUGGAGCUAAUGGAGGAUCCGCUGCUGAAGGAGAGCACAGCUCUGCUCUCCGAAGCUCAUGAGGAGUUUAACAGCGGCCGCUACAAACGGGCGGAGGAGCUCUACACGGAGUUCAUCAGCACCUGCACCACAGCCAGGUUCACUCUCAAUACAGCCCAGCCUCAUUUCCGAUAGUCCUCAGGCGUGUCAGAGAGAGCAGAGCGAGGCUGGAGGCGGACUCAGAGUUUACUGCACACCUUGCACCGAAGAGUGUGACCAUAAUGAGCUGGCCAUCGCCUACAAUAACCGUGGCCAGGUGAAAUAUUUCAGGGUUGACUUUUAUGAGGCCAUGGACGACUACAGCGAAGCGAUUAAGAUAAACGGCCGGUUUGAAGUGCCGUACUACAACAGAGGAUUGAUACGUUAUAGACUGGGUUUUUUCCAGGAUGCAGAGAGUGACUUCAGGAAGGCCCUGGAAAUAAAUGCCAAUUUUGAAGAUGCCAAACAAAGCUUGCAUCAGACAAUGGUCGACCGAGAAGAAAAAUUAAAAAGAGGAUACUGACAGUAUCCUACAGCUAGAAGGAUGUUUCUGUUGUAUCUGGUUCUACACUCUUAAAAUGAUGGUUCUUUAAGGGUUCUUUAGUUAAGGGGGGGUAGUUCUAUUUAGAACCAUGAGUUCUAUUUAGGACCACUUCACAGUUAAUUUGUUGCUUGUAUAGUGAAAUGGUUCCUCAGAUUGAUGAAGAAUGUGUUAUGUAUGGGUCUAUAUUAAAGCUUUUUGAAGGUGGUUCUGUAUAGUACCGAAAGAUUGGUAACAACAGCAGAGCCAUUCCUUUUACUAAAGGACCCUGGAAUAACCUUGUUUCAGAACGUAGGAAAGCACUGCAUGAAGUGAUCAUUAAUUCUGAUCUAAUUACACGUGUUUGUGUAAUUUGCUCCUGUGUAAAGAUGUUGUAAAUACUUUGACUGCUGGUUGUCGUUAUGGUAGUGUUUGUCAUGAAGACCUGGGUAGCUCAGAUAAUCUUCAGUCUGGGCAGCAUUUUCAGUCUCUGUAUUUGCAUAUUCUGGGUUCACUUGACCAAUGAGUUGCCAGUUGCACCUGGAGCCCUCAAGUGUGAAGCACAGAAAUGGCUUUGUACUUAUUAACUAAAUCAGUUCACAUUACCAAAGAAUGUGACUUACUGGGGGAAAAUACAUUUGAAUUAUUUGCUUUCUUCUACUUUUGCAGAAUGUGUUUUUGAAUUUUUGCACUAAUGAAAUCUUUCUAUGAAAUAAAAUGUUCUACGUGUAACAUGAAAGAAA